AUGUCUUUCAUUAUGUUAACUCGAAUUGGCCUGUUGGCUAUGCCUCUCCUGGGCCCUGUUGUUUCAGCAGCUGCCCUUCAAAGUCGCAACGGCAUCGUCCCUAAUUAUUCGGGCGGAAACUGUUAUCACGAGCCCCCGAGCAACGCGGGACGCGCUCUUAAGGGAAAAAGCACCAACAAUGACCGCAUGCACAAAGAUGAAUGCGCGCUUUUCUGCAAAGACUACAAGUAUUUCGGUACUGAAUUCGGCAGAGAGUGUUUUUGCGGCAACGACAUCACCACUGGUGCCGUGGAGAUUGCCUCCGCGGAGUGUACUAUGACCUGCACUGGCCGGUCGACAGAAAAGUGUGGCGCUCCGGACCGCCUAAACAUCUACAAAAACGAGGACUAUAGAGCCCCUUCUGUCAAGACGGAUAUCACUGGCUGGACCUACCAGGGCUGUCACACCGAGGCCGACGGCGGUCGCGCCCUCAAAGAUAAACAGUACUCUGAGGACAACAUGACCCCUGAGUUGUGUGCAAGCAACUGCGCCGGGCUCGGAUACAACUUUGCCGGUGUUGAGUGGGGCCGAGAAUGCUUCUGUGGCAAAACCAUCAGCGGCGGCACCUGGGCUCCGGAAAGCGACUGCUCUAAACUCUGCUCCGGUGACCCUAAGAGCUUCUGCGGCGAGGGCGGCCGCCUUAACAUCUAUGCUCAAGUGCCUCCUAUCACGGCUACUGUUGCUAGUGCUACUUACUUGGGAUGCGCUAUCGAUUCACAAACCCUUCGCGUCCUUGAGAAUGGAAAACGAACUGCGAGCGACGAUAUGACCGCCGACACUUGCGCUACGUACUGCAACAACUACAGCUACAAAUACUUCGGCAUUGAAAACGGCCGAGAAUGCUUUUGCGCUAAUGAGCCAUCAAGUACACCUCAAUAUGCUACCGCCUCUGAGUGUAACGCCCCUUGUGCCGGAGAUGGCAAGACUCUUUGUGGCGCCAAGGGCCGUCUCAGUCUCUACCAGUCGACCAAGACACCUUCUACAAACGCUGUUACUGGCCUGGGCAACUUCAAGUACCUUCAAUGUGGACUUGACAAUGUCAGUGAUCGCGCCUUGAAGGGUGAGCAUUUCGCUACCGACGACAUGACACCCGGAAAAUGCGCCUCUCUUUGCGCCAACUACAGAUACUUCGGUCUGGAGUUCGGCAAAGAGUGCUUCUGUGGCAAUGAAUACAACAAGGCACUUGAGAAACCUGCCGGCGACUGCUAUAUGAAGUGCUCAGGUAACAACGGUGUCGAGAUCUGUGGUGCUGGGGACCGCCUUUCCGUCUACACCACGAUCCCCCAAUUGUGCCCAAAUCCGACUUCGCACUUUGGCGUGUGCACCACCUAUGCUUUCUACUGGCUUCCUAGGUCUCGUGCGACCACAUCCGAAGAAGACUGUCGCAACGAAAUUUACGGAGCACGCUUCUGGCAGAACAUGGCCUAUAACGCUUACUAUUAUCAAUCAGCAGCAAGUGGAGGUGGCGUAUCGACCUGUUAUGGAAUGUUUGCUACCGUCGAAAGCCCGCAAUGUGACUUCCAAUCCUCGAAUGAUAACGGCGAUUAUGGAGUCGGUUCCUAUGGAAACCUUUUUUGUUGA